UGACAAAAUGGAACACCACCAGCAGUGUGAGGAGACCUGAAAGUGGCACAUGGCAGAGAGUGUGGCGAUGGACAGAACUCAGCAGCAAUGGGAGGCCGUACAGGGACCCAUGAGACACUCUGGACCUGGCAGCAGCAUGAGGAGGCGGUACAGGGGCCCAUGGCAGAUUACGGGCCUGGCAGCAGCAAUGGGAGGCCCGUAAUCUGCCAGCACCCUAUGACAAAAUGGACAACCCACCAGCAGUGUGAGGAGACCUGAAAGUGGCACAUGGCAGAGUGUGGCGAUGGAGACGAGCAGCAUGGGAGGCCGUACAGGGACCCAUGAGACACGCUUGGACCUGGCAGCAGCAUGA